UUUGUUUCAAGUUCAAUCCUUUUCACACUCACUCACAUUCUACAUUUCUACUUACAUCUCAAACCUUUUUGGAAAAAAAAAAAAAAGGUACUAAACGUACUUGUAAUCAUGUGUAUGGCGUCAGUUUCUGUUUCCAAGGCUGAAAAAGAGUCAAUUUUCUCAAGAUUACGGAAUAUGUUUCAUCUCAGAAGGAAGGAAGAGGAGAAGAAGUUAACGACAACAAAAACAACAACGAUACCUACCACUACUGAUCGUCAUUCGACGAGUAGUAGUGGUAGUGGUAGUAAUAAUAAUAGCGAGUUAGGGAGAGUAUUUAGGUACUUUGACGAGGAUGGAGAUGGAAAGGUGUCACCAGCGGAGCUAAGGAGGUGCAUGAAGGCGGUAGGAGGCGAGCUGUCAGUGGAGGAGGCUGAGAUGGCGGUGAGGCUGUCGGAUUCUGACGGGGAUGGGUUGUUAGGAUUGGAGGAUUUUACAAAGCUAAUGGAAGAAGAGAGGAAUAAGGAGAGUGAAUUGAUUGGAGCAUUUGAAAUGUAUGAAAUGGAAGGGAGUGGAGGGUACAUUACUCCUAAGAGCUUGAAGAGGAUGUUGAGUCGACUUGGUGAGUCAACUUCCAUUGAUAAGUGCAAGGAUAUGAUUAGGAGAUUUGAUCUCAAUGGAGAUGGAGUUCUUAGCUUUGAUGAGUUCAAAGUUAUGAUGACAACUUAGAAGAGUUCAGAGAGAAACAAUGCUGUAAUAUAUGAUUCUUGGUCUCAUCAAAUAAUUCCUAAUUAAUGUUUAUCAUUGAGAUUUUUCAUUCUAUUUCAUUCUAUAGAUUCAUAAUUGUAAAGAAUUUCUUGGUUUUUCAUUCUGUAGAUUCACAAUUUAUGUUGCCUAUUGAAAAGUCCGGCUUUGUAUUAUCAAAUUCUCCGAGCUUUUUUCGAAAAAAAUAACUUGGAGGUUUUAUCUUAA